AUUUCUAAGAGAACUCUUCUAUAAAUAGAGUUUCUCCAUGGCCAAACCUUGUACAGAAAAAAUAUGGACAAGGGUUUGUUGGAUAAAAAGGGAGAAGAAGUUUCAAGUGUUGGAAAUGGAAGACAUAUUGGAGCUGGCGAAUAUGUAGAAGAAGUGAAGAGGCUUAGCUGCAUAGCUGGACCCAUGGUGGCUGUGAACUUGUCACAGUACUUUCUGCAGGUCAUUUCAGUGAUGAUGGUUGGGCAUCUCGGUGAGCUCUCUCUCUCCAGCACCGCCGUAGCCAUCUCCUUCUGUGCUGUCACUGGCUUCAGCCUCCUUUUUGGAAUGUCAACUGCAAUGGAAACUCUAUGUGGGCAAGGUUCUGGAGCUCAGCAAUAUAGAAAACUAGGAAUACAAACACACACUGCUAUGUUUUCUCUAAUUCUGGUUUGUUUCCCUGUGUCUAUAUUGUGGAUUAACAUGGGGAAACUUCUGAUUUUGAUGGGGCAAGACCCUUUAAUUUCAACUGAAUCUGGUAAAUUCACAGUGUGGCUUGUGCCUGCACUUUUUGGAUAUGCAGCUCUUCAGCCACUUGUUAGAUAUUUUCAAGUGCAAAGUUUGAUCACUCCCUUGCUCAUGAGCUCUUGUGUCACCAUUUGCUUCCACAUUUUUAUCUCUUGGGCUCUGAUUUUAGAGUUUGAGCUGAACAAUAUUGGAGCAGCUCUAGCAAUUGGUAUGUCAUAUUGGUUGAAUGUGCUGUUACUUGGAUUGUACAUGAUGUACUCUUCAAGCUGUGAGAAAACCCGAGUGCCGGUAUCGAUGGAGCUAUUCCGAGGAAUAGGAGAGUUCUUUCGCCUCGCCAUUCCUUCUGCUUUUAUGGUUUGCCUUGAAUGGUGGGCUUUUGAGUUUCUCACCUUGCUGUCUGGACUUUUACCAAAUCCGAAGCUUGAAACUUCAGUUUUAUCAGUGUGUUUAACAACAAUCACAACACUUUUUACAGUAUCAGACGGGUUCGGUAUCGCAGGAAGCACUAGAGUUUCAAAUGCAUUAGGAGCUGGAAAUCCACAAGCAGCUCGCGUAGCUGUCCGCACCGCGGUAUUUCUUACUGUUUUAGAGACAGUCAUAGUAAGCUCAAUUCUGUAUGCUAGCCGGCAUGUUUUUGUUUACCUUUUCAGCAAUGACAAGGAAGUUGUGGAUUAUGUCACAAAGAUGGCUCCUCUGAUAUGUCUCUGUGUUAUGUUAAACGGCUUCCAAGCAGUUCUUUCCGGCAUUGCUCGGGCCUGCGGGUGGCAGGACUUGGGGGCUUAUGUCAACCUCGUUGCAUACUAUCUUUGUGGGAUCCCAGUUGCUGCAAUUUUAGGCUUCUGGUUACAAUUGAGAGGGCAAGGACUCUGGAUUGGCAUUCAAGUUGGAGCUUUUGUGCAAAGUGUUUUACUCGCUAUCUUAACGAGCUGUCAAAAUUGGGAGAAACAGGCCGUUAAAGCAAGAGAGAGGAUAUUUGAGGGAAGAUCUUCAGCUGAUAAUGAACAAUUUUCUGUGAAUUAGCAGAAAAUUAACAUUGAUUUGCAAGAGAAAGUUACUUAAGUAAUAAGAUUAGAAUCCUU